AUGGCUAUCCUGCCACUGCCGCAGAGGAUUUCCGUGCAGCCGCCAGAAGAAGAUGUGCCGGGUUUGGUUCCCAAGGCGAUCUUGCGGCCGACCGGCUCAGAGACUCACGCAGGGGCAUCGCCCACGGUUCACAGCGUGCAGGUGGUCUCCCAAAAUGAGAUUCUGGGGAUGGACGUGCGAGAGAACUGCACUGGAACAGGCUGUUCCUCUUCAGCCUUCCAGGAGCAAGGCGCCUGUGGCAUCCUUCUUCGCUGGGCCUUCCUGCUCAAGGGCCUGAUCCUUGCACUCUUCCUCUCGGAGUUGGUCUUGGCGAUUCUGGUCCUUCAGUACGGCCACGUGCAUGGGGUGGCCUGGGACUUUACCGCGGUUUCACUGACUGUCUACUUCAUGGUGGGCUACGGUGGCGUGGUGCUUCUUGCUCAGGCCUUUGCGUCCGAGGAGUUGAAGCUCGUGGCCCUAAAGCUGCAGCUGCACUUCAAUGACGAACGAAGGACUGAGCUGCUCCGGCGGGAGCGGUGGAAGUAUGCAUUGGCCUGGUUUGCCUUCAUGGCAUCUGUGGUGGUCCAUCAAGGCUUCGAGGUGUGGAACAUCCAGCGUGGGGUGCUGGACGACACCAUUGUGCGGCUGGAGGACCUUCCCGUUGCCAAGGUCUGCGCCCAGAUAAACGAGGCUGUCACGAUUAUCUCCUUCGCUUUUGUAAGCGCGGUGAUUCUCGUCACUUGCUACAUCCAGUCUGUUUUGCUCUUGGCCGUGGAUGGCGCUCUGGAUGACUGGUGCUUGGAGGUCUACGACUCCCAAGACUACGAGGUUGGAGUGAAGACCUGGAACCGGAUGCAGGCGCUUCUGAAAUGCUUGGGCCGAGAGCUGGAGACAUCCACGAUUCUCCUGCAAGCCUUUGGCGGGAUUGGCUUCGUCGCCUACUGUGCAAGCGCUGUGAGCGUCGUGAUCCAGGCCUCCUUUGAGUCUCUGUCGCUCUCCAUGAUCGCUGGUGCCGGUGCACCUGCCAUCUUUUUGCUGAUGAUCGCAAUCCGACUCGGCGCGCAGGCCGCGGCCCUUACCGAGAAAUGCCGGGUUCUUCCCGCAUUUGUGAACACCAUUCCCGGAGCUUGCAUCGACCUCCAUCGACAGUACCUGGUGCAGUUCAUUGUGGAUACCUCCGCCGGAUUCAUUGUGAAGGGCGUGACCCUCACCCAGGCCAUGUUCCUGAAGCAGCUUUAUCUCUUGGCCACGGUUCUCACAGGCUUGUUGGGUAUCUUCAUCCGCCUCUACCUUUGA